CGAAAAAUAUCGAUUCAGGUUUUUAGAUGGUGUGUGCUCUGUGGUUGGGAAUUUAAAGAAUUUAUAAAUUAAGAAAAAUUAAGUAAAAAACCAAUUGAAACCAACAUGUCGCAGUUCCGUGAGACAGCCGACAAGGCUUUAAAAAUGUUACGCACCUUGCCGCGGGUACAAAUUGGCAACAUCAGGCCUAAUCCUCAAUCCAAACAGAAUGAUAAACGAGGUCGUGCCCAGCAUGGUGGUGAUAAACAUGGUGCCGGCAACAAAGGUUCUGGACAGCGGCAAAAUUUCAUGCGUCUUGGUUAUGAAACAGGCAAUACGCCCUUCUAUAUGCGCUUCCCCUAUGAGCCAUACUACAAGGGACACCAUUUGCGCCGUCAAUAUCCACCCAUUUCCCUGCUACAGCUGCAAGUGAUGAUUGAUACAGACCGCAUUGAUAUAUCCCAGCCCAUUGAUUUAACCACUUUGUGUAAUACCGGCUUGGUUAAGAUAGAUCCAGCCACCAAGGAGUUUGGUUUUCAGCUGACCGAUGAAGGAGCAGAUAAAUUUAAGGCUAAGAUCAAUAUUGAAGUACAACAUGCCAAGGAGUCGGUAAUAGCUGCCAUCGAACGUAAUGGUGGUGUUAUACGCACUGCCUAUUAUGAUCCCAGAAGUUUACAUGCCUUGAAAAAUCCCCAGAAAUGGUUUGAAAAAGGUGUACCCAUACCCAAGCGCAUGUUGCCGCCACAAGAUGCCAUUGCCUACUAUACAUCGGCCGAAAAUCGUGGUUAUCUAGCUGAUCCGGAAGAGAUUAGUAAACAUCGUUUAGUCUUGGCCCAGAAAUAUGGCUAUGAAUUACCCAAAAUCGAAGACGAUCCCCAAUAUGAAAUGUUAACAAGCUCCAAGGAUCCACGACAGUUGUUCUAUGGUCUAGAACCGGGAUGGGUGAUUAACUUGAAGGAUCAAUGUAUAAUAAAAUCAAAAGGUUAUCCCUCUUCUACGUAAAUAGCUAAGUGUUAAAUAAUUGUUUUCUUUUGGAAUUAAAUGUUAAACAUUUAUAGAAAAAAUACAUACUUAAAUUAAA